AUGGGUAACAGGCAAAGUUCCAAAAGAAGGGAGAGUCAGAUUGUACGUCCAAAUUUGGCAUCAGCUGUCAAUCCAUCACUUCCACCUGAAGCUGUCAAUACACUUGCAAACUGUUUGAACCGCCUGCCACUUGUUCUUGAUAAGAGGGUACGGGAUGAGGUGAUACAUCGGGUGGAACUGGUCGAGACUCCUGAUACUCCAGAAAUUCUUUUAAGGAAGGGUCAAGAGCCGUCUGGAAUUUAUGUGCUUGUGUCUGGAAAUGUAAAUGUUGUGAGUGAAAAUGAAAAAUAUGUUCUGAGAAAGAUCCAAGCUGGUGAUUGUUUUGGUGAAGUUUCAGUCCUUUUUAAUAUCAAGUGCACUGCUGACGUGAAGACCGUGAACAGGUAAAAAGUAUCCAGGUGUUUCAUUUAAAUCUGGACAGUGGUGCCAUUUGUGAAAGUUCUUUUUCGUUUUUCAAAUAAUGAUAAUUAUUGCUUUGUAAAGCUACUUACAAUUACUUCAUGUUUUAGUGAAAUAAUUAUAAAAUAAUCAAACUGGUGAUUUGCCGUGUUGCCAUGAUGGAAAAGAAAGCAAAAUGCAAUGGAUAUGGUUGAUGAGAAAUUAGUACUAUUUCUAUGUGAAAGGAAAUAUGAUUCAAGCCUUUCUUUUAAAAAAUGAAGUGUUAUUUUUAUAAUACUGUAGUUUAGUUAAGUCAUUUUAAAUUUUUACAAAAAUCUGUCAAUUCUUCAAUGAUUCUUUGGUCUUUAUAAAGACAUAAAAUGAAGAUAAAGAAGUUAUAAAUGCAAGUGACUAAGUAGCCUCUUGAUGUACAUAAUGUCGUGGAAAAUUAUUGUGAGGUAUAUAUUAUGUGUUAUUGACCAAGCAUGAAGUCAAGAUGGCUGGAUAUUAGUUCUUUUUUGUGUUUUUAUUGACCAAGAUGAAGUAGAGGGAAAUAUUCAGUCCAUCUUGACCAAAUAAGCUUGGACAAUAAAAGAUAAAUUAUAUGGCCUAAAAGUGAACAUUUACUUGCGGAACCAACAUGGGAAAUCCCCAGCAGGCAAGAUUGACCCAUCUUGCUCGCUCAGGUAGCCAAUCAGAAUGUAGGAUUCACUUCAUCUUGCCUGCUUGCGGAUUCAGCCUUAUAAUAAAGCAUUUUACACCAGGGAAUAGAGUUCCCUUGUAGAACCAGACAUAUGCAAAACCUAUGCUCAUGCUAUUUGUUUACUAUGUUGGACUAUGUUUCAGCUAUGUUAUGUUCACUACUGCCUAUGUAUUAACUAUGUAACACACCAAACAACAUAGUCCAAAGUAUGCGAAAUCUAUGUUGAAACUAUGUUUAGGCUAUUUGAAAAGCACAUAGCUUUUGAAUACCUAUGCAAAUACUAUUCAAAAUCUUUUCAUAGUCUUGACAUAGCUAUGUAUUUACUAUGCAAUAGAAAGUUCUGCUUUUCCUUCCGAUUAGCAUCCUAUGUAUUCACUAUGCAUCAAAGUAAAAUAGCUUUUACAUAGCAUUUCGAUCUUCACUUUUAUUUCCAACAAGUUUCUUAGCUUUUACAUAGUGCUAUGUAUAUUCUAUGCUAUGCGAUGAAACAUAUUUGCAGCCUAUGUAUUCACUAUGUGACAUUUUCAUUUAGCUUUAUCAUGAGAUAAAGGCUACAUAGCUUUUACAUAAACAUAUUUUUUCCUAUGUCACUCAUAUGAAAAAUAUAUGUAGUCUAUGCGUUUAUUUUUCCUAUGUGAUAUUCCAACGUAGCUUUUAAGUGACUAGGCAUGUUGAUGGUAGCGCUUACAGAAGGCUAACCAUACUUCGAAAGUAAAAAGAAGUGUUUUAAACUAAAACACUGAAAAAUCAUGUACUAUAAUUUUUUUUUGUGCUUGCAGAUAGUUUCUUAGUGAGAAGACUUUUGUAUCAUUGCAUUGAAUCGCUACAUCCAUCAUCCCUGUCUUAACUUUCCUUUCUAGCUUUUCCAUAGAGUUCUUCACUUGAAAUCAUACUUCCAUGCAUCAUUUUCUUCUUUUACAUUGGGUUCGAUCCUUCGUCUUGAUUGUGGACGUCUCCUGAAUAUAACUGCAUGGUCAAAACUGCGAAACGCUACCUGCCUCGGUGGAUGUUUGUCAGCCAUUUUGUUUGCACUAGUUCCCAGGGAAGCCCGUGAGUUCAACACAUGCGUAUUUUUGCGUUUUAUCGUCACGUGGGCCUUUUCAACCAAUGAAAAGGUGUGAAAAUUGUCUGUUUCCACGCGGGCGCUUUCAAGUCAAAGAAGACGAGCUGUAAGCGUGGGUUUUUACAAGAAGACGCUUCUUUUUACUUCAAUUUACAGUCUUUUUCCUGCCAGGUUCAACAAAAAGUAUUCCUAACGUUGGUAAGUGAUGUUUUUCUCAAUUAAGUUUCGAUUUGCCUGUGUUGUCUCCCCUUUUCGCGUAUCUGAACAAGGAUCGGUCGAUCACGCUUUGAUACUCCGUCGUUUCAAUUCUAAAACGUCAGGUUGUUUUUAUGUUCAUUUGCCUUAGAAUCUCCACUUUUCUGUUUGCAGAUACUUAUUCGUUGCAGUCAAAAGGAAACUGUAUGGCACUGAAGAGCACGACAUCAGCAAAAGUCUACACGAUAAGCAAACUUAAACUUGGGGUUUCGAUUCUGAAACCUCCAUGAAAAUACUGCAUUUGUGUUUAUAUACUAUUAGUGUUCGUGGUAUUAUAUUGCCAUAGUUUUUAAAUUUUUCGUUUCAAAACCUAUUUCUUACCAAUGUAAAAGGUAUUCUUAUUCAUACUUUUACACUAUUUUUACUAUUUUGGUGAUUUUUACGACGUAUUUUAAACACUACAUUUGCUUAAGCAGAUCGAAACCUACAUACAUAAGAGACUAUGUCAAUUCUAUGUAAUUUCUGUUUGAACUCUAGUUAAAACUUGUGUAUGUGAUAUGUUUUACCUAUUCAAAUACUAUUAAAAUCCUAUUUCAAACCUAUGCAAAGACUAUUUGUUCUGUGUUUUCCCUAUUUUAAUGCUAUGCAAAGUAUAUGUCACCUUUAAAAAGGCUAUGUUUUUCAUAUGUUUUUUCUAUUUCUAGGCUAUCUAAAUUCUAGGCAAACCCUAUUCAAAAGCUAUUUAAUCAACUGUUCCCUGUUCCAUUUUACUAUGUAAACUCUAUUUCAGUCCUAUGUGAAGGCUAUUUAUUUUCUAUGAUUUUUCUAUGAGGUUGACUAUGAAGUCUAAAAUCUCUUUCCACAAGCUAAGUAAACUGUAUGUAUAGGCUAUGUGGAAACUAUGUCAUUUCUUCCUUUAUUCCUACCUUUAAAAACUGCAUAGCUUUUAAGUAGGUUCCGUUUGACUAGCGAAAACAUAGCAUUUUCGAUACAAAAAACAUAGUCCUGGCAUAGAAACAACAUAGGAUCUGGUUAAAGCAAUGUAUGAGUGAUUAACAUAGGUUUUGCAUAGCUUUGUGACAUAGCAUUUGCAUAGAUUCUACAUAGUGUCUGAUUCUACAAGGGUUAUUUAAAAUAAUUCAGGUUUCCAGUAGUCUACUUUGGAUCACUUUGCUCCUCUAUCUGUUAUGUGCCCAUUAUCUUUUUGUCUUUUACAAGGUGUGUAAUUUUGUUGCUAAAAACUUCUGAUGCUCGUCAAUUGUUUACAUUUCCAAGUGAAGUGACGCUGUUGCAGUGGUUUCAACAGAGGUUAGUGUCACCUAUCUUAUGUGCUUAUAAUGGAUCCCAAAUGUGAUAAUUUUGGAAAAUCUGUUCUCCUGUUGUUCCUUUAUAUAGCAAUGUGACACAUGUAUAAAGUUUAGGUCCUGUUCGCACUAUACAAAUUUUUUUCUUGUUUUGCAAAAAAAUUGUCAACAGGAAGACAUUGCCAGUUCAAAUAAUUUUUUUGACGUACCAAAAUGUUCUCAAGCGUAACCAAACUUCAAAGAUUCCAUCCAGAAAGUUCAGAGACCUACAAUUUUUUGUCAGUUGACAAAAUCCUCUGUUCUUUGACAGCUGUGUAUAAAAUGCUCGAGGCAAUUUGCUACAAAAGCAAGAUGACGUUGUACAUAGCUCUACCAACAAGCAUGGAGUAUAAAUGUUAAUUAUUGCGGUCAAGUGCCUGUACAUGUGUAUUUAAGUAAUAUAAAAAUUUAUUGGUUCCAUCUAAUUAUGUUAUUACCUGAGCUAAAAGCUGGGGCUGAUUAUUCACUGAAAAUGAUAUUUAUUAUCUGUGUGUGUUUGUGCUAUUAAUAGGAGAUACUUUGACACCAGUAAACUGUUCAACAGUCAUCAGCUGUCUCGUGAGAUUGCUCUUGAUGUGCUACAAAGGGUAAGAUCUUGAUAUUUAGUAAUAAUUAAAAUUAUACCAAAAGUAAUUUAGGAACUGUAUUGAUCUCUGUUGUCUUGAACAUUUUUUUUUUUUAAAAAGCAAAUAUCAAUUUUAAGCAAAUUUUUAAUUUUAUUACAUGUAGGUUCCUUAAAGUAAUUUAUUUUUGUAUUAUAGUCUCCAGUGUUACAUGGUUGGAAGAAAGAAGCUUUAGAUGCUGUAAUAAAGACAGUUAAACCUGGUAAAUUAAACUUAAGUUAAAAAGAUAUUUUAAUAUCAUUUUAUUAUUUAAAAAUAAUAGUAAUUUGAACUAUUCAAAUCAGCAACACCUGACUGAAAAAAAGGUUAUUGUUGUGUAGACUGCUGAAACCAUUACAGUAUUUUGUUCUAUGCUGCUGUAAACAUCACAACUCAUGGAAAAACUUCUUAAUGUUAUUUGAUUUUAAAGUACAGUUUUUACAUGUAACAUGUACUUGACCACGAUUUAUAUAGGGUUUGCAUAAUUAUUUGCCCGUCAACGAGAAAAAUGUUUAACAGUAAAAGAACAGGCACUUUUUUUAAAGAAAAGUUAGGAACGAAUAAAUAUGUAAAUUGUUACAUUGCAGAAAUUAUUAUGCUGUAUCCUGCAAAUAGCAUUAUUACAAAAGAAGGAUGGAAGGGGCAGGAAAUAUUUAUUCUUCUUCAUGGACAGUAAGUACAUUGUACAAAUUGAUAUUAUAUUCCUUCUUGUGUCACAUGUAAUUGGUUUAAUUCACAUUUUUUGUGUUUAUAGUUUGAACUGCUUUAAGACUGAGUGACUGCUGUAACUGAAUUUUAAUAUGAAAAAAAUAGAAACCCUCUGUUUAAUAAUACAGUGGAACAUCCUUGUGACCACCCCUUAUUAGAUUCAAAUAUCAAAAUUUUCGUAGUCAAAGCUCUGUGAUAAAAUUAAACCUCUCAUAAAAGACUACCCUGUUCAUUGUUUUUAACUUCUUGUAAUUAACCACUUGAUGCAUGGUCUAUCAAAAUUACCUCUGACCUGCUCCUUGCUCAUUGAAUGUACUAUGCCACUGAAAGUAUACAAAGAAUUUUCAUUGACAAAUUGAAACCACACAUAUCAUAGCUUAGAAAUUGAGUGCAAUAAAUUCUCUUCCAAAAAGAAAAUGUGUUGGGACCUUUCUCGGAAGAGACCCCUUGUGGUUUGAUUUCCAUGAGUGACUAUCUCCCAUAAGCAACCACUAAAUUGCAUUUUGGGCGGUCGCCUAUGGGAGGUUCCACACUUUAUAAUGGGCAGUGUCUUGGUGUUGGGGACAGGUGCAAUCACCAAAUGACAUAAUACAAAAGCAUAAAAAGACACCAAACAAUACCCACACCACAACACAAUAGCUAACCAACAAUAGUUUCCGCAACACCAAGAAAAACCUGUAUAAUGCACCGUGCCCAAAUAGACUAGGCACUGAUAAGGUGGUGUGGCAAUCUUUACAGUAAAUAUACGGCACUAAUUUUUAUUUGCCUUUGCCUUAGAAACUUUAUGAUGAUCCAAGAGAAAAGAAAAACUAGCAUUCAAUUUGUUUAGGAGUUUUCAAACCAAAGAAAAAUUUGAACCACAAUAACAUUUGGUAUUUGAAACUGAGACAAUGGUUAAUAUGAACUCACUGGUUACUCUAUUUGUACUCAACAGGGUGACGUUUUCCACAGGGGACCAAGAGCUUGCUACAUUUGCUGCUGGAGAAAAAGGUUUCUCCUUUGGUGAAGAAGGCAUGUUGUUAUUAACCGCCCUUUAA